GAAAAGUCUAAUUCCAGUGUAAAUGUAUAAAGCCCACGGCUUCUCCUUGGUCAUGUCGAUAUUGUGACCAAGCCAGCAGCACUCGAAGCAUCGACCGGUCUCAGCAUUAAAUCCAACAAGUCACUUCAAUAAUAACGCCACUGGACCCUUAAUCCACCAGGUUCAUACUUGUCGCCCACCUUCAACAUGAAGACCUUCUACAUCGCAGCCCUGGCUACCGGAAUCCUGUCCGGCGCCAAUGCUCUGUCCUGCAAUCUCGGCAUGGUGUACUGCGGACACACCUUGGUUAAUAUGGGCUGGACAGCGAAGCAAGUGAUGGACCAAACCCAAAACUGGGUGGCCAAAAACGAGGUGGAAGCUCUUCAGUCCAUUUACAAGUGCGAGGACCAUUGGUGGUGGACCAAAGCCGACCUGAUCCAUGUUGCCCUUUGCGUCAAUGGGUGCAGGGACAAUGGGUCAGGCAGCUCCGAUUCGUGCUACUAAGAAUCGAAGGGGGGGAGAGGGAGUGUGGACAAUAGAUAAACUGGAUAAUAUGAAGUUAAAUGGAGUUCAUUCAACGUCUAAAAUCGAACGCGAUCUCGCCCGCCUCUCCCUAUGGUAUUCAACGGGCUAGCUAUUGACUGAUACUUUAAA